GGGAGGCCGCGGGGGAUGCCGGGAGUGGUAGUCGGGAGCGCCAUGGAGGAUUCUGAGGCGGCAGGCGGCCGCUCCAAAGUGGCGCCCAGCGUGGACUUCGACCACAGCUGCUCGGACAGCGUUGAGUACCUGACGCUGAACUUCGGGCCCUUCGAGACGGUGCACCGCUGGCGCCGCCUCCCGCCCUGCGACGAGUUUGUGGGGGCCCGCCGCAGCAAACACACCGUGGUCGCCUAUCGGGAUGCAAUCUACGUCUUCGGCGGAGAUAACGGAAAAACUAUGUUGAAUGACCUGUUGAGAUUUGAUGUGAAGGACUGUUCUUGGUGCAGGGCUUUUACCACAGGAACCCCACCAGCACCUAGAUAUCACCACUCAGCUGUAGUCUAUGGAAGCAGCAUGUUUGUAUUUGGUGGCUAUACUGGAGAUAUCUAUUCCAAUUCCAACUUGAAGAAUAAAAACGAUCUUUUUGAAUAUAAGCUUGCAACAGGUCAGUGGACUGAGUGGAAGAUUGAAGGAAGAUUGCCUGUGGCCCGGUCAGCUCAUGGUGCAACCGUCUAUAGUGAUAAACUAUGGAUUUUUGCGGGAUAUGAUGGGAAUGCAAGGUUAAAUGACAUGUGGACCAUUAACUUACAAGACAGAGAUCUAACUUGUUGGGAAGAGAUUAAACAAACUGGCGAGAUUCCUCCUUCGUGUUGCAAUUUUCCUGUAGCUGUUUGUAAAGAGAAGAUGUUUGUUUUUUCAGGCCAGAGUGGAGCAAAGAUCACCAAUAAUCUUUUUCAGUUUGAAUUCAAGGAAAAAACCUGGACAAGAAUUCCUACUGAGCACUUGCUACGAGGCUCUCCUCCUCCUCCCCAAAGAAGAUAUGGCCACACAAUGGUUGCCUUUGAUCGCCAUCUCUACGUGUUUGGCGGUGCUGCAGACAACACAUUGCCUAAUGAGCUUCACUGUUAUGAUGUGGAUUCUCAGACCUGGGAAGUCAUCCAUGCAAGUCCCGAUAGUGAGUUGCCAACUGGAAGAUUGUUCCAUGCUGCAGCUGUCAUUUGUGAUGCAAUGUACAUUUUUGGUGGAACAGUGGAUAAUAAUAUCAGGAGUGGAGAAAUGUAUAGAUUUCAGUUUUCUUGUUAUCCAAAAUGUACUUUACAUGAUGACUAUGGGAGACUCUGGGAAACCAGGCAAUUCAGUGAUCUGGAAUUUGUUCUUGGAGAGAAAGAAGAGAGAGUUCGAGGGCAUACUGUCAUUGUCACUGCUCGCUGUAAGUGGCUCAGAAAGAAAAUUACGCAAGCAAAAGAACGGUUGAAACAGAAAUCUAAGCAAGAACUUGAUGAAGAAGGACAAGGGUCACCACAGAAGGAAGCAGCUGGCAGCAGUGUCAAACUCUGCCACCCGCAACCCCUGCUGGAAGUGACUAUCCGGGAAGCUGAAGCCCAGCCAUUUGAGGUGCUCAUGCAGUUCCUCUACACAGACAAAAUCAAAUAUCCACGGAAAGGGCAUGUGCAAGAUGUUCUGUUAAUCAUGGAUGUCUACAAAUUGGCCCUUAAUUUCAAGCUUUCACGGUUGGAACAGCUGUGUGUCCAGUACAUUGAGGCCUCAGUAGAUCUCCAGAAUGUGCUUGUGGUGUGCGAGAAUGCCAACAAACUUCAGCUAGAUCAGCUCAAGGAACACUGUCUGAAUUUUGUGGUGAAAGAAUCACACUUUAAUCAGGUGAUAAUGAUGAAAGAGUUUGAACACCUGUCUUCAGCUUUGAUAGUGGAAAUAGUACGCAGAAAGCAGCAGCCUCCACUUCGAACACAUUCUGACCAACCUCUUGAUAUUGGAACCUCCUUGGUUCAGGAUAUGAAAGCUUAUCUGGAAGGUGCUGGAUUAGAAUUUUGUGAUAUUAUUCUACUCUUAGAUGGCCACCCAAGACCUGCUCAUAAAGCUAUUCUUGCAGCCCGCUCCAGUUAUUUUGAAGCCAUGUUUCGUUCUUUCAUGCCAGAAGAUGGACAGGUUAAUAUUUCCAUUGGUGAAAUGGUUCCAAGCAAGCAAGCAUUUGAAUCUAUGCUAAGAUAUAUUUAUUAUGGUGAAGUGAACAUGCCUCCUGAAGACUCCCUCUACCUCUUUGCUGCCCCUUAUUAUUAUGGAUUCUACAAUAACCGACUCCAAGCAUAUUGUAAGCAGAAUCUGGAAAUGAAUGUUACGGUGGAAAAUGUGCUCCAGAUUUUAGAGGCAGCUGACAAGACUCAGGCUUUGGAUAUGAAGAGACACUGCCUGCAUAUCAUUGUUCACCAGUUCACCAAGGUCUCCAAGUUGCCAAAUCUUCGAGCCCUCAGUCAACCUCUCCUACUUGACAUCAUCGAAUCAUUAGCAAACCACAUAUCAGACAAGCAGUGUGCUGAGCUUGGUUCAGAUAUCUAAAAUUUCCUGUAUUUGGCAUUUUGCACAUUUUUUCAAGAGAUUGUACUUUUCUUAUAUGAGUCCUUUUCUCUAGCCUUUGUUACCAUUCCACAUUAAACUGGUGAAAAUGU